GGACAGCACAGUAGUGCGCUGUCGCCUGAAGCAACACCGGAGACUGGGUUAUUGGCAGAGGAGUUUUCUCAGCUCUUCCAGAGAUCAGUGAGGCAGAAGGGCGCGAGAGAGGGAGAAUUUGAGAGCAAAAGCUGUGCGUUUACAAGGACUAGGGGUGAAAGGCUGGAAAUGUACAAGGUGGGCCGGCUCUCUAGGAAAAGUUGAAAUUUCAGUAGUUGAAUUAGUAUGGAUAAGCUACUGGAGUUUGGAAGGAAAGCCCUGUUUUAUGUGAGAGUCCUGUCUGGGUAUGAAGAGCGCAGAAUUCGAAAUUUUAGGUUGCAGCUUGAGAAACAAAUCAAACAGGCACAAGAAAGGAAGGCAGCCUUGAGAAAGAUACCAGAGAAGGCUAUUUUGGGGGAGGUUCGCCGUAUGGUUGAGGAGAUGCAAACUUUAAAUAAGAAGCUUGAAGAAACAGAGGCUGCUAUUGAAGAUUACUUCAAGCCAAUUGACAAAGAAGCUGAGAUUGUAAUGAAAAUGCAACUUGAAGGAGAGGAGAAGACAAUGAAAGAUAUGAUGAAAACUAUGCAUCAACAGGCUUUGCUUGAGAAAGCUGAGGCAGAAAAAGUGACAACUCUCAAUCGGACAAAUGCAGAACAGCACAACCCGGAUCAAGUAUCCUCCACCACCCCUCAGCAAGCUCAGAAGAGAUGAUUUCAUUUGAAGUUGGUAACUUUAGUCUUAGAUAUGAUUUUGUAUGGGUGCAAUUUUGUUUUUGCUGUCUUUCUUAGUGUGCUUUGAUCAAUUGGUAAGAAAUAAAGCAGCCAAUUUAGAACA